AUGAUGGGGGUUGACGAUAAGAAAGUACUUCUUCUUGGAGCAGGAUUGGUCAGUGGACCAUUUGUUGACUUUUAUUCUAAGCAAUCGAAGGUGCAGGUAACAGUAGCCACAGAGUCACGAGAGGACGCUCAUCGUUUGGUAAAAAGGGGUAAUAUUACACCUUUCGUAAUUGAUGUCAAAAGGGAGUCUGAUAUGUUGGACCAACUCAUCAGUGCCAAAGAUGCAGGUGUUACUAUUAUGAAUGAGUCUGGUUUGGAUCCUGGAAUUGAUCAUAUGCUUGCAAUGGAAUGUAUCGAUGAAGUCGCAAAGCAUGGCGGAAAGGUCACUUCAUUCAUUUCUUUCUGUGGUGGUCUCCCUGCUCCUGAAUCAUCGGACAAUCCCCUGCGAUAUAAAUUUAGUUGGAGUCCAAAGGGAGUACUGACUGCUCUUUUGAAUCCAGCUAAAUAUCUUCAAGAUGGGAAAGAAGUAGAGAUCGCAUCUGGAAAAGUUCUUGACCAUCUUUACCCCAUAGAUUUCUUGCCCGGAUUCAACCUUAUUGGCUACGCCAAUCGAGAUUCGGUCAAAUAUGGUGGCAUUUAUGGAAUAAUUCCGGGAUGCCGAACACUGGUUCGUGGUACUCUUCGGUACAAGGGCUUUGUGGAAGCAGUGAAGGCUCUGAACGCUGUCGGUCUUCUAAAUACUCAACCGCAAGAAGUUUUUAAUCCUGUUUCUGGUCCUGAUCUUACAUGGAAACAACUAAUGGCAUCCCUGCUUAAUCAGAAGCUGGAUAUUUUUCCCGAUUCAUUGUGCAACGUUGCCACUGAACGCGUUGGUGGAACGAAUCCAAUAGGAGUUAAAGCUUUAUGUGGUAACAAAGAACGUCACCGAAUUAGCUUGGUAGCUUAUGGUGAACCAAAAGGAUUUUCAGCUAUGUCUCGUACAGUUGGAUAUACUUGUGCUAUCGUAUCAAAUAUGGUUUUACAAGGAGAAAUUCAACGACCUGGAAUCUUACGACCGGUCAGUAAAGAGAUUUAUCGCCCAGCGUUAAAGCGCCUAACCGACUACGGUAUUGUUGCCACAAAAGAGGUCACGCCAAUCCCUUGA